AUGGCAGCAGCAGCAGCGAUGGCAUUCUCCCUCCUCUUGGUCCUCCUCCUCGCGGCGCUGUCAUCGCCGCCGUCGGUCGUCCUGGCGGCGGACGACGACGGCACCACGCACCUGCACUUCUUCAUGCACGACAUCGCGUCCGGGAGCAACCCGACGGCGGUGCAGGUGGUGAAGGGCCCCGCCGCUGCGGGGUCGAUCGUCCCGGGGCUGGCGUUCGGCGACACCUUGGUGAUCGACGACGCGCUGACGGAGACGUCGUCGCCCACGUCCGCCGCCGUGGGCCGCGCGCAGGGCUUCUACAUGGUGUCGUCGCAGUCGGGCCUCGUGCUGAUGGUCACGCUCGCGGUGGUGGGCCGGGACGACGUGGCCGCGGACGUGCGGGAGCUCGCCGUCGUCGGCGGCACGGGCAACUUCCGGAUGGCCACCGGGUACGUGCUGUGGAAGACGUCCAGCAUGAGCGGGCCCGACGCCACCAUCGAGCUCGACGUGCACGUGAAGACGGCGACAGCCACGGGUAGCGGCACCACCGGCGCCAUCGACGGCGGCGGCGGCAGCACCACUGGUGCCUCCUCGGGCGCCGCCGCCAAGUGGGUUGGAGCAGGGUGGGUCAGUGCGUGCGUCGUCGCCGUUGUUGUUGCGGUGGUUGGAUCCGGCGUCUGGUGA